AUGGGGUAUAGAGAUAAUAUUGUUGGAAAAAGUGAAUAAACGAACGCCAAAAAAAUUGAUCAUUUUAAAAAAAUCUGGACACCAGGUAAGUGAUAAGUGUAAACCAAUGUAUAAUAAUAAAAUACAAAAUUAAUUUUAUUGUUUACAUCUUAAUUUAUAAAUUAAAGUAAUUUCAAGAAUAUAAUGUAUAUCAUCAAUUUUGAAGUAAAUUAAAAUGUAUUUUAAUUUAUAUAUAUAUUAUUUAUUUUAACUUAUUAUACAUGAUUAAAUAAUUAAAAUCCAGGAGUUAUAGGUACUAUAUUAAUUUACCUAUUCAUUAUUUUAUUCUUUCAGGUCCUGAUUUCGAAUUUCCAGCAACUAAAUUUGGUAAGAAUUGUCUUAAUUUAAAAUUUCAAUUUUCUUGGCUAUAUAAAAGGAAAUGGCUUGCUUAUAGUAGUAUUGAUAAUGGUGCUUACUGUAAAUAUUGUGUGUUUUAUGCUAAUAAUGAAGCCGGUUCAUGUAAUCAAGCUCUUGGACAGCUAUGUUUUAAACCUUUUCAAGCUUGGAAAAAAGCGCAUGAUAAAUUUAAUAAGCAUGAAAGUAGUAAUUAUCACAAGCAAAGCAUUCUUGAAUAUCAGUCAUAUUAUUCAAUAGCUUCAGAUAAAACUUUGCCUAUAAAUCUUCAAUUAGAUAUAAAUAAAGAAAAACAAAGAACUAAUAACCGUAAAAUUAUUAUUCCAGUUAUUGAGACUAUCAUUGUCUGUGAGCGACAAGGAAUUGCAUUACGGGGCCAUAAGGAUUUUGGUCCAUUAAAUUUAGAAGAACCAAUUGAAGAUGAUGGAAACUUCCGGACUUUUCUAAAACAAUAUCUCAAAGUUACUGUUGAUGCUGGUAACGAUUCAUACUUAUUGGCUAGAGAAAACUGUGGUAGGAAUGUUCAAUAUACCAGUUCUCAAAUUCAAAAUGAAAUAGUAGAAUCUUGUUUUGAAAUAAUAUUAUCAAAAAUAGUAAAUAAAAUAAAUAAAAAUUGUUAUUUUUCUAUAUUGGCUGACAAAACAUCUGAUAUUUCAGAAACUGAACAAUUUUCUCUUUGUGCUAGAUAUUAUGAUUUGGAAGAUAAAAAAAUCCACGAGACAUUUUUAAAAUUUGUUCCUGUUACUGACCUGAGUGGCCGAAGUUUAGCACAAACAAUUAUUGAUGAACUUACACAAUUAAAAAUGAAUUUUAAAUAUCUUAGAGGUCAAGGAUACGAUGGGGCUGCAGCUAUGAGUGGCAAAUUCAAUGGCGUUCAAGCUUUUAUUAGGGAGUCAUAUUAUAGUGCAAUAUAUGUUCAUUGUAGUGCACAUAACUUAAACCUAUCUAUAUCAUAUGCUUGUAGUGUUCCCAGUAUCAGAAAUGCUAUGAGGACAAUAGAAAGCAUUUAUGCAUUUCUCAAUACUCCAAAGGGACAAUUUGAGUUUACAAAACAUUUAAAUAAAUUUAAGGAAGAUACUUCUUUUUCAAGUCAAAAAGAAAAAUUAAAAAGACUAUGUCCUACUCGAUGGACUGAAAGACACAAUUCAAUAGAUGUAUUUUAUGAUUUUCAACCCGUAAUUAUAUCUUGUUUUGAAGAAAUGAUACUAUAUUCAAAUACUGAAACAUCAUCAAAAGCAGCUCAGUUACUUUCAGCUAUUCAAACAUCGGAAUUCAAUGUAAGUCUUAUUAUUAUUUAUAAAAUAUUUCAAUAUACAAAAAAUCUUUGCACAUAUUUACAAAAACAAAACAUAGAUUUAUUUCAAGCUUUAAAUCAUGUAGAUAUAAUAAUUUCUCAACUCCAAAGUAUAAGAAGUAAUUGUGAUGUAGAAUUUCAUAAGUAUUUUGAAGAAUUAACAGAAAGAUCAAAGAAAANAUCAAACUAUCAUACAGAUAAUCCUGAAAAAUAUUUUAAAAUAAGUGUAUUCCUUCCAUUUCUGGACAAUUUAGUGUAAUAAUUAAAUGACCGAUUUAUAAACCACAAAACUAUUAUAGCUGGCUUUUAUUUUCUCAUUUCUAAUAAAAAUUAUAAUCAACAAGCUAUCAAAGAUUUAAGUGAGUUUUAUUCUGAUGAUAUUGUUCAAGAAGUUAUUGAAACAGAGGUAAAGUUAUGGCAUACACAUUUGGAAAAACUAAGCAUAAAAAGUGUUCUUGACGCUCUUGAUAACUGCAAUAAAGACCUAUUUCCAAAUGUUUUUAAACUCCUACAAAUAUUUGCAACAUUGCCUGUCACAUCAUGUGAACCUGAAAGAAGGUUUUCUACAUUAAAACGAAUAAAAACUAAUCUUAGAAAUUCUAUUGGCUAG